CCCUAGCGCUUAUGCUGCUGCUGUCGCAGUCUACAGAGAUUCGCACCCACGACAGACGUGGUUUGCCGGAUCGCUCGCUCUCAGAUACGCUUCAGCGGCCGUCUGGAACGCUCUCUUCCCCCUGCGCCGAUAGUUAGGAAGCCACUGCGAGUUGCGCGCUGUUGGAGUCGUCACUUUUCUUGAGAAACUGCUUUUUUUCGUGUCUCUGUGUUUUUCGUGUGUUUGUCAUUCCCCCCUCUCCCCCCCCCCUCCCUACAGGCAACCUCAUUGGCACGGUUGGCAUCUUACGGUGCAAAAGAGGUUCAACACACACACACAAACUACCCAGAGACUCAACACUGCCCAUAGACUCAACACUACCCAGAGACUCAACACUGCCCAUAGACUCAACACUACCCAUAGACUCAACACCGCACCUUCGAUUAGCGCGGUUGGCUACGUACGGUGCGAAAGAAGCUCAAGCUGCGUGCGCCAUGCCAGGACAAUCGACCCUCGUCACAGUGGUCACGUGCGUGCUCGUCGGCUGCCUCGUGGGCGAAGCCGCGUCCACGAAGGGGUCCCAUGGGGACGCGGAUGAGCUGCAGGUGCCGAAGUUCCUGGGCACGUGGUACGGCGUGGCCGUUGCAUCCGACAACAGCGAGCUGCUGGCGCUGAUGCACAAAGUGAACAGCAGCGUGUACCACGUGGAGGAGGGUGCCAACGGCACGGUGGUCAUCCACGGAGCCUCCUUCAUGAUGGGAAUGUGCAUUCGUGAAACAAAGCACUUCAACCUGUUCGCAAAGGAGAAGAUCCUGAUUCCUUUCGUGCCCGACAACAGCAGCCAGCCCUUCUCAGACUUCGUGGGCGACACGAACGCCACCUACAGGUUCCUGAAGAUCAAGUACGAGAGCUACUCGGUGAUGCAGCAGUACGGAUACCGCAACGGCACACGGGAGAGCAUCCUCUACCUGCUGGCGCGGAGCCGCACGCUGCCGCAGCAAGUGAUCACCGAGUUCAACGCCUUUACCGUCGGCAUCGGCCUGGACAAGGAGACCACGGUGGUGGUGCCCAACUCUGUCCUCUGCUUGAUAAAGGAGCCCAGGAAGCCGGUUAAGGAGAAAGAUUCGAAAGAAGCCAAAAUGGGAGGAAAUCACGAUUCGAGCGUGCGCCAUGUGCCUCAACCCGACAAAAGGUUGAAGCGCGACGCCAUGGUCCGGCCACGCCGAGCGGCGAUGCCGGAGUAACCGCCGCGCUCCUCCCCACGCUGCUGCUGCCGCCGCCGCCGGCAGGGUUCGCGUCGUGAUCAGCAGGGACGAGGAGGAUGGAGUCUUUUGCCGAACAGCAGCACCCGGCGCUGUGAAAUCUUCUCCUUUUCUAAAUCGCCGUCUCCCCCCCCCUAUCCCCCCCCCCACGUGUAUUACUCCUACACGAUUCCUUAGCAUACACUCACAUACACGCUCCGCACACAAAUACAAAGGUCCCCCGUGUAGCCUUGAACAGACGUUUGGGGCAAGUGCUGUUAGUAGCGAGAAACAGCAGCGCCUAUAAAGGGCGGGCAUUGUGGCGCAUGAGGGGGGGAGGAUGGGGUGGCCAGCAACUACACCCGGCCGCCUUUGUCUCCCCCAGUGGCGAUGUUGGGUGGAACCGCACCAGGUACUCAUUUAAAGGCUGAGUCGACCUAGGGGAGGCCCAGCACCGGUUCAGGAAAUCGUCACCGGUGUUGAUUGGCCGUGAGCGGGAAUCUAACGCGGGUUGGCGGGUUCGUAGCACAGCGCGCUAACUGCUGUGCCACCGCUCCCCACACAUCAACGCACUGUAACAGACUGCUAUGAGCUGUUAGCGAGCAGCACCUAUGAAGGCCGGCACGGCACACGAGGGGGUGGGUGGCCAGCACCACGCCCGGCCGCCUUUGUCUUCCUAGUGGCGAUGUUUACCACACACAGCACCAGGUACUCAUUUGAGGCUGAGUCUACCUAAGGGAGGCCCAGCAUCGCUUCUGAUAAUCCUCACUGGUGUUGGCCGUGAGCGAGAAUUAAGCUCGGGCUCGUAGGGCAGCGCGAAUCGCGACACCACUACCGUUCCCCGCACACACACACGCACGCACACGUACAUAUAUACAUACACAAACGUAUGAUCACCAAAUUCAAAUAAAAUUUAGUGCAAAUGAAA